GCCUGCAGCCCCUUCUAAUCUGCAGCUGUCGCCCUCUUGUCUCCGGCCGCAACCGCCACUGCCCGCGAGGUGAGGCUGCGGGGAUCCCAGAGGGUAGAGUAGCGGUCCGGGAACGUCUGGGUCCAGAAGGAGGAGUGAGCUGGGAUUCAGAACGCCUGGGUCCCUGGAAAGACACGGGCUGGGCUGGGACUCCUGGGUUCUAAGAGAGGAGAGGGCUGGGGACCUAGACCUCCUGCGUUUGAAAGGGGGGGGGAGGAAAUGGAGACCUGCAUUGCUGGGUCUGAUGGAGGAGAGGCUGAGGGCCCGGACUUUGGGUCUGAAGGAGGAAGGGGCUGGGGGCUCGGACUCCUAGGUCUGAGAGAGGACUGGGCUGGAAGCCUGGACUCCUGGGUCUGGGGGAAUAGAGGGAUUGGGACUCCUAGGUCCCAGGUUGAAGGGGAUUGGAAUCUGGAAUGCCUGGGUCCUCAAGUGGGGAGGAGCUUGGGGUGGGGUGUCCUGGGUUUGGGUAAGAGAGUGACUGGGGUUCAGAAUUACUGACGUCCUCCCCAUCCAGGGAGCAGAAUCCGAACUUUAGACUCCCUAAGAAAGGCCGAGGCCUGAGAUCUUAAGGUGAAGAUGGAGCUGGGAAGGUGGUCAUAUCCUGAAGCCCAGAGAGGACGAGGUAGAGCCCAGCACUCCCGGGCGAGAGAAGUAGAGAGAGCAGCGGCUGGGGUGUCGAGGCCGGGUUCUGAGUCUUGUGAGCGAUCCGGGUGUAGUGAUGGGGAGAAAGUAAAGGCUCUGGGUGUGGCUCGUGCGAGGACGCCUGAAGGCGGCGUGUUUCCUCUCCCUCUCCGCCUGUGCGUUCCAAAGCUCUGACCUCAGCUGGAGGCCGUGAGGGCGGGAAUGGACCCCUCCCCUCCGCGGGUAUGAGCCAGGGGUCCCCCUGCUAACCCACCUUCCACCGACAGUGAAUGAGCUAUGCCCCUUCCUCUUCCAACUUCCUCCUAACAGGUUCUGAAAGGGGUGGGGGAGGAGGAGGUGCCUGACUCCCUUGUGGCACCUCCCAGGUGUCCCGGAGGCCCAGCCUGCUUUCCAGCCAGGAGAGGCGGUGAAGCGUGGCUACUUACCCCAGGGCUUCAUUCCAACAGCGUGAGCAGUUUUCGGCCUGGAGGGAGGUGAGGGGUGGGGACAAGGAGAACCCAGGAGUCCGGGUUGUCAACCCACUAUUCUUUUAGAGAUGCAAGAGCCCACCCCUAUGUUGCCGUUAGUUGCUGUCCAAUCGAUUCUUGUUCAUGGAGAACCCACGUCUUUUUCCAGGUGUCUGACUUAAUCCGCCUGCACAGCCAGAUUUUUCCCUGUCUGGGUCCUGAGCUGAGAUCGCUGCCAUGCCAGUGACGGUGACCCGCACGACCAUCACGACCACCACGUCGUCAUCCUCGGGCCUGGGUUCCCCCACCAUUGUGGGGUCCCCUCGGGCAUUGACUCAGCCCUUGGGACUCCUCCGUCUGCUGCAGCUGCUGUCCACCUGCGUCGCCUUCUCUCUGGUGGCCAGCGUGAAUGCCUGGACAGGGCCCAUGGGUGACUGGUCUAUGUUCACCUGGUGCUUCUGCUUUGCGGUGACCCUGAUCAUUCUCAUCGUUGAGGUCUGCGGGCUCCAGCCCCGAUUCCCCUUGUCCUGGCGCAACUUCCCCAUCACCUACGCCUGCUACGCCGCCCUCUUCUGCCUCUCCACUUCCAUCAUCUACCCCACCACCUACGUCCAGUUCCAGCCCCACGGCCGCGUCCGGGACCAUGCCAUCGCCGCCACCGCCUUCUCCUGUAUAGCUUUCGUGGCUUAUGCCACUGAAGUGGCCUGGACCCGGGCCCGGCCUGGUGAGAUCACGGGAUACAUGGCCACUGUGCCAGGGCUGCUGAAGGUCCUAGAGACCUUCGUGGCUUGUGUCAUCUUCACCUUCCUCACUAACACCAGUCUGUACCAGCACAAGGCGGCGCUGGAGUGGUGUGUGGCUGUGUACGCCAUCUGCUUCAUCCUGGCAGCCGUGGCCAUCCUACUGAACCUGGGCGACUGCACCAAUGUGCUGCCCAUCUCCUUCCCCACCUUUCUCUCAGGGCUGGCCUUGCUCUCUGUCCUCUUCUAUGCCACUGCCCUUGUCAUCUGGCCCCUCUACCAAUUCGACGAGCGCUACGGCGGCUAUCCCCGGAGGUCCUGGGAUGUGACUUGCAGUAAGUCGCACAGCUACUACAUCUGUUCCUGGGACCGCCGGCUGGCCGUCGCCAUCUUGACAGCCAUCAACCUGCUGGCCUAUGUGGCCGACCUGGUGUACUCCGCCCGCCUAGUCUUUGUCAGGGUCUAAAGGGCUCUCAUUUCCCCUCUCGCCAACCUUGUUGUUCUUUACACCUUCCUGGGUUUUCCUGACUUAGUUCUUAUGGCUUCUUCUUUUUUUCUAGUUUCCACCUCCUGUCUCGCCUUUCUCCUAACCCUCGUCACUGCCUCUCUCGUUCAUCUUGCUCUCUUCCAUUUCUUUGCUUCCUUUUCUCCUCUUUCUUCCUGUUCUGUUUUCUCUGUUUUGUUUUGUUGCCCACAUCUAUUUUGUUCUGAGCCAUUUCUCUUUUCUUCUCACUCCUUUUUCUUCUUUUUGUCUGUUCUCCUGCUUUUCCUGUUUGUUUUCUCAUCUGCCUAUUUCCCACCCACAUCUUCCCAUCUUUCUCCUUCCUGUUUCCUCUUUCGAUUUUCUUCCUGUUUUCUGUUCCCAGUUUUCUUCCUCCUGUUCCUCCUGCCAUCUUCCUUCUUUGGAUUUCUCUCCCUGUUUCCUCCUCCCAUCUUCCUUCUUCCGAGUUCCCCUUCCCAUCUUCCUCCUUCCUGUUUCCUUGGGAGCCCUGAGACUUCUUUCUUCCCUCCCCACCUCCAAAGGUGCUGAGCUCACGCACCCCACCACCCCUCAUUGCAGCUAUUCAUGCCCUGGGUCUCCCAAGGGGCCUCAUUGCCAAAGCAUGCCUGCCUGCCCUAGCCGUGCCUUAGUCAGUGUGGAUGUGUAUAUGUGUUUGGUGGGGGUGGGUAGCUAGGGAUGGGACCCCCCUUUCUCCCAGUGGAGGAAGGUAUACAGUGCACCUCCCUUUUAAGUUAAAAAACUCUGGAGGUCAAUAAUUUCCAGUGGGCAGACGCUUUAAGCAGAGACCUUCAGUCCCUAGGCCCUGGCCUGGCUCCAGAAUUUUUGUUAGGCUUACAAAAAACCCACUGCCUAGAGGCCAUCUUAUAGGGAGCGAGGGGUGGAUGCUAUGGUCUGUAGGAUCUGAAAAAAAGAAGCCAAGUGAAGAUCCACAUUGUCUUGAAGACAAGUGUUUGAAGUACUUGCGGGGUGGGGGGUGGGAUGGCCAGCAAUACAGCCUUCAAGCCUCAGUGUUAAAAAUAACUUGUCCUGCUUUUUCAGGAAGGAGAAUAAAGUGGCCACUGCCGGCCUUAAAGGCAGUAUCAGCCUAAUUUUUUUUUCUUUUUCUGGUCAUGAGGGCAAAAUUUACUGGGCGGUCCUGUUCUUUAAGAGGGACAUUUCUUUUCAAUUUCUUUUUUUUUUUUGGGAGGAGGGAGUUGCUGCCGCAAUAGCCAGAAGAAUCGUAUUGCUUGAGUGUGUGGUGUGUGCGCACGUGUGUUUCUGUGUUCUAGUUAUUCCUGCUGCUGCUUCCUGCUUCUCUGGGACUCACUUGCAUGACGUGAUAUAUAUAAAUGUAUAAAUAUAUAUUUUAUUUUUUUUAAUUCCCUAGAGCUUCUGGUUCCCUAUCAGCUCCUGCUGUCAAUCAUAGGAGGCUCAUCCCUUCCCCUACUCCCAAAUCCAUAAUGUUUUCUUUUUUUAAUCUCAAUAUAACAUUAAA